AUGGGGCCCGCCAGGACAGCGAGCGCUCGGGAGGUGCUGUGGGCCACAGGCGGGCUGCUGCUGCUGCUCGGGCUGCUCCCGGAAGGAACGCAGGCCCUGGAGUGCUACAGCUGCGUGCAGAAAGCCGACGACGGCUGCUCUCCGCACAAGACGAGGGCAGUGAAGUGCGCACCGGGCGUGGACGUCUGCACCGAGGCCGUGGGCGCGGUGGAGACCAUCCAUGGACAAUUCUCAGUGGCUGUGCGAGGAUGUGGCUCAGGACUCCCCGGGAAGAAUGACCGAGGCCUGGACCUUCACGGGCUCCUGGCGUUCAUCCAGCUGCACCAAUGCUCCCAGGACCGCUGCAACACCAAACUCAAUCUCACCUCGCGAGCACUCAACCCCGCAGGGAAUGAGAGUGCUUACAAGCCCAACGGCGUCGAGUGCUACAGCUGCGUGGGGCUGAGCCGCGAGGCGUGCCAAGGCACGGCGCCACCCGUCGUCAGCUGCUACAAUGCCAGCGACCAGGUCUUCACGGGCUGUUUCGAUGGCAAUGUCACCUUGACAGCAGCCAAUGUGACUGUAUCCUUGCCGGUCCGGGGCUGCGUCAAAGACGAGCAGUGCACCCGUGACGCCGUUACUGGUCCCGGGUUCAUGCUCAGUGGUUCCUGCUGCCAGGGUUCCCUCUGUAACUCUGACCUCCGGAACAAGACCUACUUUGCCUCUCGAAUCCCGCCCCUUGUACUGUUGCCCCCUCCGGAGACCACCUCUGUCACCACGCCCACCCCUACCCCAACAACCCUCGCCCCAAGCACAUCUUCCUCCACUACCAAACCGAGCCCUGCCCCAACCAGCCAGACUCCUCCGCACGAGACAGAGCAUGAGGCCUCCCACGAGGUAGGGCCUCACGUGGCUGGAGGUGCUCCUGGCCACCGAGACCGCAGUAAUAUGGAACAGCAUCCCUCAAAAGGUGGGGCUCAGGACUCUUUUAAUGGCUGUGCAGCUCGCUUGGUUGGACUGAUGAUAUUUCUAUUGGUUGUGGCUCCUGGUGCCCAACUAUGA